AGUAACAGACAGGGGCGGACUGACAACUCAGGGGGCCCCCAGGCAAUAUGGGAUCAUGGGGCCCGUGUCCCUGCCCACACUCAAAAAAGCCUAUAAAAAGGUACCAGGGGGCAUUUCAUGGGGCCCCAUACUGAUCCUGGGCCCUCAGGCAGUGCCUGAGUGCUUGAAUGGUCAGUCCGCCCCUGGUAACAGAAAAUGUCCAAAAGGGACCCACUGUAUCCAAAAUUACAAAAGUUACAGCCAGAUUAUCAAAAAUUUUAAUCAUCAAAAAUUUUAAUUAUUCUGAGGGUAAAAGUAUAAAUACCCAUUGCACUUUAUUUUAUUUUAAUUUUAAAUACAGCU